GCUCUUCUCUCCUGAAGUGGAGAGAUAAGCAAAUGCUGAGUUUGUUCCUUCACCCUUCCCUUCUCUUGGCCCUGCUACCCUGCUCUGCCUCUAUCAUAUCUUGCCAGCUGCAAGGGAGGAGAGAAAAGGACCAUGAAGGGGGCAAUUUACUAAUCUCUGCAACACUUGUAUCAAUCACAAAAAGUCCCCAUCAGUAAUUCUAGUUUAUCUUUCAUUUUGGUUUUGAAUCUAUUCCAAGGUUUCCAAUCUGGGAAAUCUGACUUCAAGGAGUCCUUGAACCAGUAGAAAUUAUGUGCAACAUUUUGUGUGUGCACACCCAUGUAUUUUGGGGAAAGGUAAAGGCCCACAGCUUUAUCAAGUUACUGAAGGGUUCUCGUAAUUCCAAAUUGGGAAUGGGGGAGAGGUAUUAAGUUUUCCCAUGAAGUGAGAAUUUGUGACCAAUGUCUUGAUAAUGGGAAAUCUUAACAAUGAAAAAGGUAAAAAUCAAUUAUCAAUUAAUGCAAAAGGGAGAGACACAAGAUAAUUUAACAUUAAAGACUUUGUUUAAUACUCCAUUUAUAGUCAAGGCCAGAUAUGGUCCCAUCCUCUAUACCUUCUUCAUGCUAGAAGAUUGAAUAAAAUGAAUAGUUAUAGUCAUGAUCUUAAAUAUUGCAAAAUUAUUAAAUUACACUUGUAUUAUUGCAAAAAUAUUAUACUAUGCCAGUACAGUUUUAGGUUACUUUAAAUUUCAAUUAUUAGAAAACAGCCCAUGAACUAUUUAAAUAGAGUAAACUUCUGGAUUGCCUUUUCCCUGAAGGUAAUACUUUGCCUACUCACCUGGCAGAUUCCGUAAGGGGGGGCGGGUACAAAAAAUCAGGAACCCCUUGUUUAUUUUCCAAAAGCCCCCUGUGUCUGGCUGGUCAUUUCCUUCUGAAUAUGAGUCAUCUCUCCUGGUCUGUGCACUGGAGUCUCAUUGUCAUCUGCACCUCAAGAUUCCCAAGGUCUCUCUCUCAAUCCCUUCCGCCUUCCGUCCCUCUGCACAACCCCCUCGACACACACACACACACACGCAAGCACACAUGCACGCACAACCUCUGUAAAUGCAUUGUGUCCCCACUAAUGCAGGACGGUCAGACCCUGAAAAUCCCGCGGCAGGGUAGCAGCUCCUCUUCCUUUGUGCUCUCAGCGCCCUGCACGUUCUCAGGUUUCCAAGCAAGACUGCAGGUCGGAUUGGCUGCGCUACGAAGAGGAGCAGAGGCUACACCAAAUCACGAAUCUAGGAUUUCCAUCUUAUUUAGUCUCCUCCCUUAGAAUCCUGGCAACAGGUUUGUGUAGUUGCUCUGAGGAACCCUUGCCUGGGGUUGCCACGGAGAUAGGACGCAACUAACAUACAGAAACGGCUUAGCAGACCUUAACAAAGCAACUGCCCUGUGUUGCUUCCUUCUGUAUCUGCAUGUCCCCUUCAGCCAGAACUUUGUUUUUUCUUGACUCCUUCCAUGGAAGAGUUGACCUCUUUGAAUCAAGAAAAAGAAAACCAAGAACCAGGGGAAGCAGGGCAGCUACGGGAAGAAAUGACAGCAGCUUCUUUCCAAGAUCCUGAGCCUGGGUUAUCUGAGCCCCCAGAAUCCCAGACGGGUCCAGAAACUGAACCCCAGCCCAACAGCAGCCCUCCUCAGAGUCCCCAGACUAAAGCCAGCAUGCCACUGGGCGACCUCACAAGACCAGGUGCAUCAUCUCCGGCUUACCCUCCCCAGGAGGCCUCUUCUACUCCUUCUUCCCUGGCUCUUGCCAGACAGGACCUUGCAGCAUCAUGGCAGUCAGACAAGACCACUAGUGUGAUUUCUGAAGCUGGGACACCUUACUCUGACCACCUGGAACAAUCAUCUGAUAAAGGAGAAUCACCUCCUCAUCAGACAUGCCAAUCAGAGGGAAAUGCCUUUCAACAGUCUCAGAAAGCCAAACAUCACGUGUUUGGAGCAAAGGAUGUGAGCUAUACCAACGCUAAACCAAAAGAGCUGGAAUUUGAUAUUUUUCAGGAGGAAGAUUCAAACAGUAACUAUGAUCUGGAUCAGACUGGGCCUAGGGCCUCUGAAAUGGCCCCUGGCAUGCUUGAGAUUGCCAUUCAGAAUGCUAAGACUUACCUACUGAAGACCAGUAGCAAGUCCGGCUUAAAUCUAUAUGAUCAUCUUUCUAAUAUGCUGACCAAGAUCUUAGAUGAGCGUCCUGAAAAUGCUGUGGACAUCAUUGAAAAUAUUAGCCAAGAUGUGAAGAUGACACAUUUUAGUAAAAAAUUAGAUACACUUCAAAAUGAGAACGAGAUGCUUCCAACAUAUGAAAUAGCAGAGAAGCAAAAGGCUCUUUUUCUCCAGGGAAACUUGGAAGGAACUGACCAAGAACUGGAAGAUGAAAUAGCAGAAAACUCUCUUUCAAAUGUAAUGGAGUCAGCUUUUUAUUUUGAACAAGCUGGAGUUGGUUUGGGUACAGAUGAGACUUACCGCAUAUUUCUUGCCCUCAAACAGCUUACUGACACCCACCCAAUCCAAAGAUGCCAUUUCUGGGGCAAAAUCUUGGGUCUGGAAAUGAAUUAUAUUGUGGCUGAAGUAGAAUUUCGUGAGGGAGAAGACGAAGAGGACAUGGAAGAGGAAGAUAUAACUGAAGAGAGGGACAAUGGAGAUAGUGAAGCUGAUGAAGAUGAAGAUGAAUUACCAAGGGCCUUUUAUAAGGCCCCACAGGCUAUACCAAAAGAAGAAAGUAGAACUGGUACCAACAAAUAUGUCUAUUUUGUUUGCAAUGAACCAGGAAGACCAUGGGUGAAGUUACCAUCGGUUACACCUGCACAAAUUGUUACUGCAAGAAAAAUCAAGAAGUUUUUCACUGGGCGAUUGGAUACUCCCAUCAUAAGCUACCCACCUUUCCCAGGAAAUGAGAGCAAUUACUUACGAGCACAAAUUGCCAGAAUUUCAGCAGGGACCCACGUCAGCCCUCUAGGAUUCUAUCAGUUUAAUGAAGAGGAAGGAGAGGAGGAAGAAGAAGUAGAAGGCAGGCGAGAUAACUUUGAAGAAAACCCGGAUUUCGAAGGCAUUAGAGUGAUUGAUCUAGUGGAAUCCCUAUCCAACUGGGUUCAUCAUGUACAAUAUAUUCUCCCUCAGGGUCGCUCUAAUUGGUUCAAUCCCAUACAAAAAAGUGAGGAGGAGGAGGAGGAAGAUGAAGAAAAAGAAGAAAAAGAAGAACCUGACUACACAGAACAGGAAGUGGGGCCUCCUCUUCUGACACCAAUUUCUGAAGAUUUAGAGUUCCAAAAUACACCACCGUGGACAACACGGCUAUCCUCAAAUCUCACUCCUCAAUAUGCUAUUGCAGUCCUUAGAUCCAACCUUUGGCCUGGAGCAUACGCCUUUUCCAAUGGCAACAAGUUUGAAAAUUUCUACAUAGGCUGGGGUCAUAAAUAUAGCCCAGAGAGCUAUACACCCCCAGUUCUACCACCAGUUUACCAAGAAUACCCCAGUGGAGCGGAUGUUACAGAAAUGGAUGAUCCUACUGUGGAGGAAGAACAGGCUUUCAAAGCUGCACAAGCAGCAGCUCUACUUCCAGCUGAGGAAAAUGAAAUAAUCGAGGAAGAGGAAGAUGAGGAUGAUUAUGACUGAGAAUAAAAUUAGGACUGAUGUGAGACUAAUACAUAACUAAUGUAGGACCAAUUUUACAUGUUAUAUGUAAUUUACAUAAUUAUAUAAUCAUGUGCAAAAUAUUCCUUGAAAAUAUCAAAUUUGGAAUUUCAUAUGUGUAGCUAAUAUGUGCUUAUAGAAAGAUGCUUAAUGGACUUUCCAGAGGCUAAAUGACAUGUUCUUACACCACAGUUCUGAUGGCUACAAUUCAUGGAAUAUUUUGGUACUGUCAAUUGAUACCAAGACCAAAAAUAUUGCUAAUCACCGAAUUAAAGCAUGUGUUCUUAACCAGUGUGUGAUACUGUGUGCAAAUACUAUGCAUAUUUGUGUUAUUUUCACUUUUUGUUCUAGUUGCUGGGGGGAGAGUUUAUGACUCUACCACCUGCUCAGACUGUGGGAACACUCAAAUUUUUAACCUACUACAUCUUAAAUAACUUCCCCAAUACCUUGUCAUUCAUCCUAUAGAAACUGGUUUGACCUGACUGGAUGAAAAUUUGUAGACUGCUAGCUGGGAUAUCCAAAGACUUCAGACUGUUAUUUUCUACCACUGCUUCUCUAAAACUGGUUAUUAUUUUCUUUCAAUAAACACCUAUUUUAAGUCCUCUAUGUACCAGGCACCCUGAGAGUACCAUUAUAAACUAGACAUUGUUUCUGAAAUCUUAGAAUUUACAUUCAAAGUGGGGAAUAUUAAAAGGGUAAUAGAAAACUAAAAUAGAUUGCAACUUAGCAGGUACUAUGAUACAAACAUUCCAGGGUACCAUAGAACAGUGCUUCACACUAUGGAAAAGGACCAAUUAAAAACAAAUUCUAGUCUACUGCUAUUAUUUUUAUAAUAUAAAGUAAAAAUGUCACAGCAAUUAUAAUUUCUGUAUCUCAUCACAGAUAGGCAGUUCGCAGAUCACUAAUUUACACUUCGAGAAGCACUGCUAUCAAACUCUUAGAAGGUGCAUUUAACCCAGACUUGAGCAGUGCCAGAAGCACUUCUAGAAGGUGGAAAACUAAGUGGAGAAGGGUGCUAAGCACCACCUUCCAUUUUGGCAAAGGACUUCAGGCUCAAAGUUGUGAAACUUUUGAGUGGUGAGAAAUGAACCUGGUAGGGCCCAAAUUGUGUGGAAUGUCUAGAAUUUAUCCAUAAGCAAUGAAGAGGGCUCAACUAGGAAAUCACAACUACUUUAGAGUAUUUUGGCUUCAGUGUGGAAGAUGAACUGACAGAGGAUCUAGGUAAGGAGACCAGUUUGUAGAUUAUCACAUUAUCUAGGUAAGAGAGAAUGAUGACAUGAAGAGAGGAAAAUUACACGGCAGAUAUAAGUAAAACCUGGUUAUGGUAUGAAUUACAGAAUAACAGCAAGGAUGGGAUUUUAUAAUUGGCAUUAUUAUUCAUUCUCAGAGUAGAACUUUAAGUAUUUGAUGGAGUAGCUAAUGUUUAUAAAACUUCAAAUACGUUCUUUACAUUUUUUCAUGGACUAGAUACUUGUUGCUUUUUGUUGUUGCCAUUUAAUAUCCAUUUCCUCACCUACUCUGAUAUCCUUUUGUGAAACUGCCUCCAUCCAAUGGCAUACAGUCUCAUGCCAAUCAGAUACACCCUUUAUAGAAUCUGAAUUUUGAGCAGGGACAUUCUACCUUGGCUCCUAACCUGACUGUCAUGCUAUAAAUUAGACCAUAUUCCAGCCUCUUGAGUUGCCUUGGUUCCAGCAUAGUUCUCUAGUUACCUGUAGAUUCUGUGAAUUUCUGAUAAUAUUUCAGUGAGUUCCCUUCUGCUCAAAUUGGCCAAAGAAGGAUUCUUGCUUACAACCUUACAUGACACAUCUAACAUGAAUCUGACAGUUUCUUCCCUAAAGGACACAUUAAAACACAAGACUCUGAAUUACAUAAAUUAUGUAAGAGAAAGUAAAUGUUUAACAAAAGCAAAUCCAUCACUAGUUAUGCCUGUUAAAUAUUAAGGUUAGUCUAUGAAGUAAGAAAGGAAUUUCAUUAUACAGCUGACUCAUGAACAAUACUAGCGUACCAACCCCCUGCACAAUCAAAACUCCACAUAUAACUUUUGACUCCCCAAAAACAUAAUUACUAGUAGCCUGUUGACUGGAAGUCACACAGAUAACAUAAACAACACGUAUUUUGUGUAUUAAAUACUGUAGUCAUAUAAUAAAUAAAAGCUAGAGAAAAGAAAAUGUUUUUUCAAAUUGUCACAAAUCUCCAAAAAAUUUUCCAAUAUUUGUUGGAAAAAAACAUUUUUGUAUAAAUGGACUUGUGCAGUUUAAACCCAUGUCAUUAAAGGAUCAACUCUAUGUUUUACAACAGAAAAAAAACAGAAUACUAUAAUGGUAAGAGCCUGGAAGUAAGACAGCCUAGGUUCACACACUGGAUUAUGAUAAUUUUCUUGGGCAAAUUACUAAUCUCCCAGAGCUUCAGCUUCCUGACA